GAUAACUGCCAUGUGUCGAGUCUUCAGCGUCGUUUUACUUAGAUCAUAAUAGUAUAUACAGUAAUAUAUUUUGUUUUAUAUUAUUUUUAUUAUUUAUUAAUUUAUUAUCUAUAAUGUGUAAUACCGACGACACUGUGUUGCUAACAAAACUGAAAACUCCAUAAUAUUUAAAUUUGACAAGACAAAUAUUAUUUCUUCUAAAAUUUAAAAUCUUGAUUUUCAAGUCGACAGUCGCCAAUACAACACAACGAAUUACAAACAGGCCGGCUACUUAUAUAUUUUAUUUUAAAUUCAAUAAUUACUAUACUUUGCAAAUUAUUCAUUUUUAAAAAAUGAAUUCAACUCGUGAAAUUAUAACAUUGCAGUUUGGUCACUAUUCUAAUUUUAUUGGCACACACUUCUGGAAUUUACAGGAAGCAAGUUUUACUUACGAUGAAAACAGUAAGCCACUAGAAAUAUGUCAUGAUGUCUUGUAUAGGGAAGGUGUUAAUUUAAAGGGUGAGGUAACCUAUACUCCUCGUAUGCUGUGUGUUGAUCUUAAGAACAGUUUUUACCAAUUGCCAUAUGUACAUAGAGGCUUAUAUGAUUUAAAUUGUAGCAAUAUAGAUGAAGAAAUACAGAAUUAUUCUACUAAAAUUCAAACUUUACAAGAAGAAAAAAUUCCUAACAAUGAAUUUUUUUCAGACUUAGUCAAACAAGAACUAUUUAUAGAUGAUGAUAAUGAGAAAAUAAAUAUAGCCGAGAAAGUAUACAAUUUAGAUGACGAUGUUAAAAUUUGGUCAGAUUUUUUGAAAGCUCGUUUUCAUCCAAGAACUAUCACAUCAAUUGACGAGUAUAAACACAAUGAUUCAAGUAAUGUGUUUAAUAAUUUUGCUCAAGGUAUUACAUUAUGGGAUUCCUAUAAAAUGAAAGAAACUUGGACUGAUAAUUUAAGGUUAUAUGCAGAAGAAUGUGAUUAUUUGCAGGGAUUUCAUGUUACAAUGGAUUCAUUGAAUGGUUUUGGUGGUUUAGCUUGUAAGGCUUUGGAAUACUUAAAAGAUGAGUAUUAUAAUAAAAACAUUAUUGCUAUGCCUGUAAUGUCAGAUAAUUAUAUUCUUGAAGAUGAAGAUUCUGAGUUACAUGCAGUUAACACCUCAUUAUUAUUUUCUUCACUGUUUGAACAUUCAAAUAUGUUUGUACCAUUGUCUACAUCAUCCGGUGGUUGGGUGAAGAGUCAAAGCCAUCUUACUUUAGAUUACUUAUCUUAUAAAAACAAUUUAGAUUAUCAUUCCAGUGCUAUUUUAGCAUCAGCUAUAGAUACAUUUACAUUGGGAUAUAGAAGUCGUUCAGACAAAGAUAGUAUGCAAAAUAUGUGUACUCGGUUGACCCCUUUAGGCCGAAAGGCUAUAUCAGCUUCAAUACAAUUACCUCUUGGAUUUGAAUCAAAAUCAAAUUUACUCGAUUACUUAGAAAAUGCAAAAUUACCUCUAUGGCAACCCAUUUCACCUCAGUGUACUACAGAAAUGUCUGUAGCUCAAACAAUUGUUAUGAGAGGCAUAACUGAAAACAUGCUAUAUUCCAAGUUGGUAUUUAAUGACUACCAAGUUUGUUAUAUUAAAAUUAAUCUCAUAAGAGAUUCAAAAAAUCCAUCUCAUCAUUGUACAUCACCUAGUGCUUUGUUAAAAUUAUUCAUAUCUUUUUGUGAUCAUGUGCGAAUGACAGAAGUUCAUGCGUUUGAUUCAUCAUUAGAGACUAUAGCACCAUUCCCUAAUAUAUUCGAUCAAUCUAUUAACCAACAUGGAUUUGUAGAAUCAUUAUCUAGAUCAUCUACUUCUGUGGUCGCAAAAAGUACAGCUAUUAGUGGUUUACAUAACAGUAAUUCAAUGAGAGAUAUGAUUAAAGCUUUAAAGAAUGAUUCUAGUAAAGUAAAAGGUUCAAAAUUGAGUCACAUGUUUAACUACGGGAUUGAUGUAAUGGAUUUUAAAGAAACUAUUGAAAAUCUUCUUGUUUUGAGUGAUAAUUAUUCAAUAAACGACUGUUUAUAAUUUGAAUAAGUACCUAAUAUUAAUCUGUUUUU